AUGGAUGGAAAUCUAAAACCCGGAGACAGAAUUCUCAUGGUUGAUGAUAAGAAUGUAUCCGAAUUAGGCCAGGCAGCAACCGUCGCUUUACUAAGGGAAAAGCCAAUUGGAUGCAUGGUGACACUUGUUGUCAUUCCAGCAAUCCACAGGGAACAGAGCAAUCCGCCAACAUCUUCCGACAAUGGAGACACCCAGAGAGAAAAAUCUGAACCGUCUCAAUGUGAAACAACCAAGACUGAAGAUGAUUCACUAAAAUACUUCGCCAUAGACCCAGCCUUAGUCAAGCUUCAUACAUUGGAGAUUCCGGUUUCUGGAUCCUCGUCAACUGAAUUAAAAGAUCGUUCUGACUUAAAGGUCAAAAACCGAUCAUUUUCUAUACCCACUUCCCUUCUAGCCUCAGCUUUCACUCUUGGCGUGAGCAUUCGUGUUCGACCUCUUAGUAGUGAUGAUUGCUCAGAAACUAUCCUCGAAGAAGCCGUUAAGAAAGUUGCUGCUACGACCAUUGCCAAUGAAAUUUCUGGGACUUCCAGGGAUGAUUUUAGUAGAAAUGGGGUCUUUGUUCGAACUGUUAUUCCAGGAGGCGCUGCUCACAAGGUAAAAAUCUUUAUUUAG